ACGUUAUACAUGUAUUAAUUAAGCUUGCACAUCUGGCCAUGUUGCACCUUUAUUUGUUAUUAAAUCGCCUGGCAGAUUUUUAGGACAUCGAACAAGCGACUUCUUUGCGUUUUUGGCAGCGCUACGCACCAUUUUAUCUUUGGUGAAACGAUAACGCACAUUACUCCAGUAAUCAGUAAUAUUUGGAAUGGAACCGGAGAAUAAUUCAUCCGAAAAAGUCCCAGGAUGCUGCUCCCAAAGGUGGUUGUUAGCCUACAUAGGAUUUUUCGGAUUUGGCGUUGUGUACGCACUGCGUGUCAACCUCAGUGUCGCAGUUGUAUGCAUGAUCAAGACUCCUGUCGCUGAUUUUAGCGGGAAAAAUAACACCUGGAAUACGACAGCCGCUCUUCCAAAUGACGAAGGAACUUGUGUCGCAGAAAACGAGAAGGCGUCACACUCGAAUGAUAGGGCCGAAUUUGACUGGGACUCCACCACGAAAUCUACGUUGCUAGCCUCCUUCUUUUACGGCUAUAUAGUGACACAGAUCCCCGGGGGCAUGAUUGCCGACAGAUAUGGCGGGAAGCGCGUUCUACUUAUCACCAUGUUCCUGUCAUCCUUACUGACUAUUCUAGAACCCGUCGCUGCCCGUACAACCGUAAUCUUGUUAUAUGUGAUACGAGUGCUGCUGGGGUUAUUAACGGCAGUGACAUUCCCCGCUAUGCAUGCAAUGUGGGGGCGAUGGGCACCGCCUCUCGAGAGAAGCAAACUAACUAACGUUUGUUACGCAGGGACAACAUUAGGCUUUGCGUUUACUUUUGCAACAUCCGGGCUACUAUGUGAAUAUGGGUUCGAUAACGGUUGGGGCUCAAUUUUCUACAUUACGGGUGGUUUGGGCGUGCUUUGGUCGAUUGCAUGGUGGUAUAUUGCGGCAGAUACCCCGAGCAAACAUCCUCGUAUCACAACGGCUGAGGUGAAGUACAUCAAUGGGAAUAUUGAGUACAACACAGAUCGACAGACUGGACCCAUACCCUGGCGGUCAUUACUGUCGGCCCCGUGUCUGUGGGCGACUCUCACUGCGCACGUGUGCAACAACUGGACAAACUACACCUUGCUCACGAACACCCCCACCUUCAUGAAGGAGGUUCUUAAAUACGACAUAGAGGCUAACGGAGUGCUUUCUGCAAUCCCGUACAUCUGCCAGUUCGUGAGCGCCCUAUUGGCUGGAUAUAUUGCCGACUACAUCCGUCUAAAGGGAUGGCUCAACACCACUCGCACGAGGAAGCUAUUCCAAACUAUAUCAUUCGCCGGCGCAGGUGGUUGCCUUAUUGGUACGGGGUACUGCACGUGUGAGGAGCGCUCUCUAGCGGUUGCUAUGCUGUCUCUGGCCGUCAUGUUCAUGGGGUUAGGGAGGGUCGGUCAUAUGGUCAACCACGUGGACUUCGCACCAAAGUAUGCGGGUCUUAUGUGCGGCAUAACCAAUACUAUGGCUACCGUACCAGGCAUGGUUGCACCUAUAUACACCGGAUACAUGACUCCGAAUCACACUCCCCAGGAGUGGCGCAACGUAUUCUUCACAUGCGCAGGAUUUGACGCAUUCGGACUCAUCGUUUUUCUUGUCUUUGCUUCCGGGGAACUCCAGGAAUGGGCAAAGGACUCCGACUCCGACAUUGACAUCGAUAUUUAUAUCGAAAUAGACGUUACCAAUAAGAACGAAGAGAUAAAUCAGUCUAAAUCACAGAAAAAUGGGGAAAUAAAUGAAGGUUUCCCAUUGUAACAUGAGAAAUGAUAAAACAAUAUAUGUGUCGUACGUCCGAUUUCUAUAUUGCACUACAUUUUUAAUUUACAAAUAUUCAAGGCGAACAUAUGUGAAGGGAUAGUCAAAUUUUCGCAGCAAACUUUCCUGAAUAUGUCUAAAGGUCAACAUAAAAAUAGAUAUGUUUGAGCGAAGGCUAUGUGGUAUCUACAAAGGUUGCAACUGAAACUUAAAUCUCACAAAAAUACUUUAAAACGUAAAUUACAAAGACAUAAAAAACGCGUUUCUAUUUGUUUCAUAUACUGUAUGUUCGUUCAUUAAAUGAGCGAAAUAUUUAUUUAUUUAAAAACUUUGAAAAGUGAACGUUUGACUUGCUUUUAAAAAAGUAUAUGUAUAUAGAACAGAAGUAAUUAAAAGUUAGGAAAUACAUUAUUUAAUUCGGGUCAUAACAACACUCAGUGGAUAAAAGACAUUAUUACUAUUAAUAAACCUAUGCUUGGACCUUCAAGAGCAGUUCUAUUCCUACAAGAUUAGUUCAAAGUUGUCUUUACUGUCACCGCUACUUUUAUAAGGCAUAUUGAAACUUCAAGCACUGAUAUUAUGUAAACUAUGGCGUAACUGAUUAUUAAUGGAAAUAUUUCACAUGUAUGCAAAUAAAAUUUAAAACAAUUAUAUAAUAUUACAUAAUAAAUAGUCUGCAAAACAAGACCUGUCGGAGGACUGUGAUCAAAUGUGCCUUCGCUUGUCAGAGUUUCUGGAAUUUGUUUAAAAACUACACCCUGUAACUCUGUAAUUAAAUCCAAUUAACAAGAUUUAAUAUUAAAGUGUAAUUUAUGA